UUCUUUGUCAAACUGUAUGAAAUUACGAAGAUGUGCUUAAGAUACAUUUUCAAAUAGUUCUCGGAAAUGUAUCUAGGUAUCCUUCGUUAAAUAUAUAUUUUAAGCAGGACUAUAUGUUUGAUGUACAGUGCGGAGGGAGACAAACAGUGCAGCAGUCAGUGGUGCAGCUGGUGUACGUCUAGCGCUCAGUGUGCUCUACGUCAUUUUCAUGCGUCCUCUAACCAUAUCAACACAGCUCUCAUGCCUGCUCUAAAUACAUUAUUAUGAUUCAUAUUCAACCUCAUUGAGUACAGUUAUAUCAUAUGAUUGACGGCGGAGUAUAGACAUGUGAUACUGUAAUACGUAUGAUUUAUUAAGUUAAUGCUACAGUGAUGGAUAAUGAUGAAGAUCUGGAGACUCUGGGAGAGAAACUGUAUGAUCUGAUAUAUCCUAAAUACACUGAGAUGACAGCUAAACUUACAGGCAUGCUGCUGGAGUUACCUAUUUCUGUUGUAUCUCAGAUGUUGUAUGAUGAAGCUCUGCUGAAUAAAGCACUGGAAAGAGCACUGACCGCUCUCACGUCAUUGGACAGCAGUGAACCUGUGUCUCACACUGAUGAUGCGGCGUCUGUGUCCUCCGACUCUCUGGGUGAACAGCUGUUUGACCUCAUUGACCUCUACAACACUGGACACACACAGAAAAUAACAGGCAUGUUAUUGGAGCAGAAGAAGGGGGCGGUGCUUCAGCUGCUGUCGGAUCAUUCGCUUCUCGAGGAACAAGUCAAGAUCGCCUUAAAAACCUUGCAGGAGCAGGGUGACGAAGCGACAGAUGUGAGUGACAGCUCUGAUCCAGGGGAAGUGGAAUCCAUUGGCAUGCUGCUGGAAAUGGAUUCUGAAAUGCUGAAACAGAUUCUGUCUGACCGGAGUAUGUUGGAAAUCGCAGUUCACAGAGCAAAAAGUGCACUGGAGGGCGCUUUGAAGCCAACACAUACAGAAAUGUCAGAAUGAGGCUUGGAAUCUCUGCAGACCACGUGACCGCAAGAAACGUGGGACUUUGAGGUCUAGAUUGCUGUAUUUUUUACUUUUAUACAAGACAUUGUUUACAUGGAUUUUUGCCACUUUUUUUAAAUAUGUAAAGUGGAGAGAAAGGGGAAACUGUGUCAGAAUACAUCACCGGCUGGAUUCAAACCUCCUUCACCUGCAUGAGCACCUCAGCUAAAAGCAUCUAGAGCAUGUGCAUUAACCACUAGGUCAUGGCUUUGACAUUCCAGAGCUAUCCACACAUUUUUACGAGCAUGUUUACAAUCUUUUCAUGAUUUGUGCCAUAAUCCGCCAUCAUUAAUUUUUUUCCAUAGUUUAGUUCAGAAUAAUAUAUUUGUCUGUAAAUAAUAAAAUUAUGAAAAGCUUCA